AUGAACGUUCGGUUUUGGAUCCUCUCUCUGAUAUUACCCUGUAUCUACGGAAGAAGUACCACCUUGAGGGUAGCCCCCGAAGGAAUAACAGCCUUCUUGAGGGCAGUCCCCAAGAGAAACUCCUUAAUGAAGAACGCUCGACUUUACAACAACUUAGAGAAAGUAAACACAGAUAUAAAAGAACUGGACAUUUUAAACAAGUGGAAAGAAAACUACCACCUCCGAAUCAUUCUGAACUCCUACUUUUCGGAUCACUUGCAAAAGGCAGUCUUAAAUGUGAAGGAGAAAAUCAGCCAGUACCCGCAGUUUAUCAUUGCGGGCCCGAUUCCGCAGAAGACGAUAAAGAAGAGAUUCACCUUUCUGAGAUCGCCCCACGUCGACAAGGACAGUAGGGAGCAGUUCGAAAUAAAACAAUACGGAUGUAAAAUAGACAUUUUUCUGAACUCUUCGAUAAGCUUGAAGAGCAAUGAAUUCACCGACUUCCUAUCCGUGAAGCUUCCUCGAUUCGUGGGUUUCGAGUAUUACUUUGAAGAGAAUUACAAAGGGAUGAAAAAGGAGGAAAUCAAAAAAUUAAAAAAAAAAAAAUACGUUAGCAAAUACUACACGAAUUUGUUCAAUGGCAAAGAGAAAAAAAAAAUUGUUGAGGCCUUGUUGGAAAAUUCAAAAUACAUGAAUGUGAGACUCCCCAGAAAUUUUUAUGAUCUGUACAAAUUCCCCCUCCAUAUAUUGCAACACUAUUACAAAAAAACAAUGGAGAAGAAGAAAUGGUAUCACGAGAAUGAAGAAUUGAUGAAGAAGAUCGAGUCACUUUCAUUUGACUAG